AUGAGCGUCCUCACCAGCGUUUCCGGUUUUGCAGCAUUCGGUGUUCUUGUUCGCACUUACGCUCUCGGUCUGCAAAGACGUCCUCUCUUGUCCAACCCAAGCUCACAUUUGGCUGCUGCCGUUGUCUUUGGUGGUGUCGGCUACUUUAUGAACGGUGUCCUUGAACGUCAAAACGCCUUAAUUGAAGGAAAGAAGGAUAUCUUGCUCCAACACCGUGCACGAGCUGAGGAAAUCGCUGCUAAGCAACAAGCUGCCCAAUAA